GUCAGCUUCGCGUCGAUCGUCUUCCUCCUCCGACUUGGGACUACUGUAUCAGUUUGAUUAGGUUGAGAAGUCAAAGAGAUGGCAGGACACAGAGUUGCACAUGCCACACUUAAAGGGCCUAGCGUUGUGAAGGAGUUAAUCAUCGGUAUGGCACUCGGUUUAGCUGCUGGUGGUCUUUGGAAGAUGCACCAUUGGAACGAACAGAGAAAAACUAGAGCUUUCUAUGACUUGCUUGAGAGAGGUGAGAUCAGUGUUAUCGCUGCUGAAGAGUAA